GGACCUAAAAAAUCAUUUGAAUUUAUAAAAAGAACAAAUAUUAAUUUUGAAGUUUUUGAAUAUCUUGUUGUAUUACUAUUUUGUAUAAAGCACUCUGAAAAUGCUAGAUUGCUCUGGCAUGUUUUGUUGACCCUCAAGGUUGUUACCUGUUCUAUCAGAAAGAUCCCUUUAUUAUGGAAGAAUGCCCUCAUGUGUACUUCAGCGGAAACGCACCAAGCUACCAAUGUAAACAAGUCACAGGACCUGAAGGACAAGAUGUUCUCCUGGUAGCAAUCCCAGAGUUCAGCAGCACACAGACAGCCUGUCUUGUGAACCUGUGCACCUUGGAGUGCGAGCCAGUCUGCUUCUCCUCUUUUUCCUCAGAGGAGGAUGAGGACAAUGAGAUGAAUAUCAGCCAUUAAACACUCACUUAUCCACACGACACUUGUUCCUGUAGUCUGUCCAACAAAGACUUGUUUCUGUUGUUGUGUUUUGUUAAUAAA